AGUCGCGUUCCCAGCGGGGCGUGAGAGGACUUGCGCACUGAUUUCUUUGCUUCCGAUGAGCCAUGAGAGUCCCAGCGCCGACCAAGUGGAGUACUGCUACGUGACAAAGGAGAUCGGCGUGCCCGUGUGCGUCCUCACGGAGAAGGAUUGCGACACGCGAUGGCAGGGAUUCCCUCAGUGGUUGCCCUUCAAUGGCCGGCGGAUUGAAUUCCAGGUGCCGCAGAUCUCGACGGAUGCUGGAAGUAACAUUAUGCUGCAGGUUCCCGUGCCAGACGGCAAGUUGGAAGUCCCUCUCCCAGAGCGGUGCGCCGAGGGUGAUACCCUUUGCUUGUUCCAGCGGACGGAUGACAGCUGGAAGAUCGUCCGCAGACGGGACGAGUUCUCCUUUGUAGUGCCGGACUGCUCGCCGGGGGAUUCUUUGACCUUGACGCUGGCUGAGCAGGUGAGCCUGUCCUUCGCGGUGCCUGAGGGCGUGUCGGAGCAUGACGUGGUUACACUGAGGCGGCAGCCAGACGGCGAAUGGGCCUUUGACCGCUGUGCUGCGCUGCCUUUAUUUACCCCCACGCCGUUUCAGCCUGAAUGGACCACGGCCCAAUACCAACACAUUCUGGAUGCUUUGAAAGACAAGGGCUAUAUCGACCGUCUCCCGCGCAACCUCAAUGUGAGCGUCCCAUUCUGCGGACACUUUCACGAGUAUGUUGCUCUGGGCAACUUCCUGUCGGAGAACUUCCCUAGCGACGUGUCGGUUUUCGGCAUGGAGCUGUACGACGACUAUUUGGUGGACUGGGCCAAGGCCCAGCGGUGGCUGAAGAAGGUGCGAGGCAUCCGCUGCUGCAUCGAGGCAGGGGACCUGGCACAGGACCCGCUGCCAUCUGCGGAUCUGGCCAUCGGCAUCCACCCGGAGGUCACAAAGGGCGGGCCUUGGUUCAGGAUCAUCGGGUCCUUGCUGCGGUGCUGCAAGCUUUGCGUGUUUGCGACCUUCUACAAAGAAGAAAAGGAGACGCUGGUCAACAUGAUCAACAUGUACCAGGCCAACGGAUCAGUGGAAGUCUUUGAGAACCCCUUCUAUGAAACACGGGAGCUCCCCUCUCAUCCCGCGAUGCGGUUUGUGGUGGUGGUGGAGCAGCCAGCCGGGGGAAAAGAGCUUCUUCGUUCUUUUUUCUCCUUCUGUUCAGCAUAG